AUAGUGGUCACGUGGCCACGUUGCUUGGUGACGAAGAAGCCUGGCUCGACAAUUUCCUGUAGCAUCGCUGAUACAAAAAUCAAAGUUUGAACUCGGACAUUAUCAGUAUACAACGAUACUUUCUCGUGCAUCAAGUGAAAUUUAAAGUAAACUUAGGAUUAGUUGAUUGAUUCGCUAUGUAAGACUAGGAUUAGAGGAUUUACAGAGAAUUAUGGAGAGCUAUGUUUUCAUGCGAGUAGUGGGCAAGGGGAGUUACGGAGAGGUGAACCUGGUGCAACACAAAUCUGACCACAAACAGUACGUCAUCAAGAAGCUGAACCUGAGAACAUCGUCGAAGCGAGAGCGCCGGGCGGCUGAACAGGAAGCGCAGCUCCUCUCACAGCUCAAACAUCCCAACAUCGUCACCUACCGGGAAUCAUGGGAAGGAGACGACUAUCAGCUUUACAUAGUUAUGGGCUUCUGUGAGGGAGGAGACCUGUAUCACAGGCUGAAGCAGCAGAAGGGUGAGCUGCUGCCUGAAAGACAGGUGGUGGAGUGGUUUGUCCAGAUCGCCAUGGCACUGCAGUAUUUACACGAGAAACACAUCUUGCACCGAGAUCUGAAAACGCAGAACAUCUUCCUGACCAAGACCAACAUAAUCAAAGUGGGCGAUCUGGGCAUCGCGCGGGUUCUGGAGAAUCAGAACGACAUGGCCAGCACCCUGAUCGGAACGCCGUACUACAUGAGUCCUGAGCUUUUCUCCAACAAGCCGUACAACUACAAGUCGGAUGUUUGGGCUCUGGGCUGCUGCGUGUAUGAGAUGGCGACUCUGAAACACGCCUUCAAUGCAAAAGACAUGAACUCGCUCGUGUACCGCAUCGUAGAGGGAAAGUUGCCUCAGAUGCCGAGUAAGUAUGAUCCUCAGCUAGGAGAGUUGAUCAAGCGAAUGCUGUGUAAGAGGCCAGACGACAGACCUGAUGUCAAACACAUUCUGCGGCAGCCCUACAUCAAACAGCAGAUCGCCGUCUUUUUGGAGGCCACCAAAGAGAAAACUGCCAGAUCCCGAAAGAAGGCAAACAGCAAACCUAACAGAGACACGCCCGAAGUGCCUGUCCUUCAAAAGCAGGAGCCAAAGUGCGCCAACCCUGAGCUGAAAAGCAGAGGAAAAAGGUCGGAGGAAAACCAUCAAUCCAAACAUCACAACGGCAUAAAGGAUAAUAUUCUCCCAAACCCACCACUGCUCCCAAAAUCCCCAAGUCAGGACGUCCUGAACUCGACAGGUCAGAACGUAGCAACCAUCAGCAACAUUGAUAUUGACAUCCAGCCUCAGGAACACAGAGACAAACUCCGGAAAGGGAAACCUCCUCGACCGGCAACUUCACCGACCAAACGGACAGAGAGAGAGGAGAAAAAGAAAGAGGACACUGCCGUUCCUCAGCCACACCCCAGAAAACAAGUAUCAGGUGUCCUCAUCGGAAAGGAAGAACACUCGCUCGUUUCAGACAGUUCGAGUGGAACGGUACCGCCAAAACACACGGAGAGAAUCGAACCUGUAAAAGACGGUAGAGCUCCGAACGUUAACAUGUCUGUGCAGGAGGACACCAUGAAACUGCUGCAGCAGGCAGCGAUGGAGGACGUAAAAACUGACAAGCAGGACACUACGGAGGCCAAGGAGGACCAUAAAACAGAGGCAGAGCAUCAUUCAGGAGACAGAGGGACUAGCUUGGAAUCCACCGAUAAGCUGCUGGAGCCCUUUCUUCCAGUGGAGCUGAUGGAACCUCACAACCCAGAGCCGUCUGCAGCUCCUUCAGAAAACAGCAAGGCUCCUCUUCUUCCUCCUUCCUCUUCCUCUGAGCCGUCCAUGUCCCGUCAGCGCAGACAGAGAAGGAGAGAAGUGGCCCACGAUGAGAGCAAAAUUAAAGCAGCCAAUUCCAGGCCUCUGCCUCCACUUCUGGAAAAUCCCCCAUCUGUAGGCAUAAAAAGGAGAGAAGCAAGUGAAGCUGAGAUGCCUAAACACCCUACACACUCCCAACCUGAUCACCAGCAUGAAUCUGCACCACAGAAUCGGCUUCUAUCAGCCCGAGAGAGGAGGCGGCUGAGGCAGUCACGAGAAAACCAGAGCGAGUCAGCAGCUCCUGCUGUCAGAAGGGCAUCGUGUGAUGUUGCCUCUUUAAAUGCCAAGCACACGGACCAGCCCGAUUGCCCGAGACCUGCCAGUGUAGCUGCUGAAACACACAAGGAGAGCAAAUCGUCAUGGCGUCACUCGGAUGAGGAGGAGUGCAGCUCAUCCACCAGCUCCACAGAGCGCUCUGAGGGAGACUACAGAGAGGGCAAGAGUGAGACCAACGAGAUGCAAGACCUGGUCCAGAUGAUGACGCAGACAUUACGAAUGGACGCCAGAGACGUCCUGUGCGAGCAGGAGAGCUCACGGCGCAACUCGGCCAUACUGCCUGAGUUCAAACUGAAUAGGAAGUACCGAGACACACUGAUGCUUCAUGGGAAAAGCAGAGAGGGAGAUCGCGACUUCCAUCUCAGUGACUUCCGCUCAGAUGACUCUUCAGGGCCGGCUAAGAUCAGGAGAGCUGUGGAGCACUUGCGCACAGACGUGGUUAAAGGGCUCGGAGUGAAACUGCUAGACAAAGUCCUGGACAUCAUGCAGGAGGAGGACGAGGACAAGCGAGAGGUCUUGCUGCGGCAGCAGAUGGGGGAAGAGAAGUACAAAACGUAUGCUGUGAUGGUGCGGCAACUAAAAUUCUUCGAGGAUGUUGCGUUCAAAUGCUGAGCAAAUCCAGUGACAAGCAAACACUGAUCAUGACUCCACUCGUGACAGCGGACGCUCACGCUUAUAUUUUAAUGCCUUUGUAAAUAUGAACUGAUGCACUAUCACAUGUAUUUAUGCAACUGAAAUGUCCAGCAUUUAAUUACUGCUGUUCUGCUGAUUGUAAACUUCUGAUCAGUUCUAUAUUGAAAGUUAAAGUUUUCUACUGUCUACACAAUAUAUAUUAUGUUUCUAAAUGUCGGAUGAUUUAUAAUAAACACUUUGUUUCAGUA